AUGACAAUCGUUGUGGUGUGACGUAAGCAAGUGGAGCGGCAGCACGUUCUGUCACUUUACGGCGUAUGCCAGACUAGAGCGGGUGUGUGCACAAAUCAAGUUGUUGUAAAUUUCAACAAAUAUUAUUGUACGACAGUACAUUUGGCGACCCUGCAAGAGAUAUCCCUCAAUAUGUCGCAAUUACCGCCAUUAGAGUCAUUAGACUGCGAUGGAGAUCCUUCGUCCGUUGGUCUACGAUGGGAAAAGUGGAAAAGAGCGCUCGAACUAUAUCUAACGGCAACAAAUAUAAAAUCGCCGGAAACAAAAAGAGCAAUACUCCUACACAUGGGUGGGCUUUCUCUACAGGAGAUAUACUAUAAUAUACCAGGUGCCCAUGUAGAUAAAGCCCCAGAAGACAAUAGUGGGGAUAUUUACACUAUUGCGUUAGCAAAGUUAGACGAAUACUUUUCUCCAAAGCAAAGCCGUGUUUAUGAACGCCAUUUGUUUAGACUUAUUAAACAAGAAGCGGAAGAAAAAUUUGAGAAGUUUCUCGUUCGUCUUCGGAAUCAAAGCGCUAAAUGUAAAUUUCAAGUUGUAGAGGAACAUUUGAUAGAUCAAAUCACUGAAAAGUGUGAAUCGGUAGAAUUACGAAAAAAGAUCUUGACUUUAGGGGAUGAUGUAACAUUGGACAAAAUUAUUUCGGAAGCUAAUGCUUUGGAAGCAGUUCAGCGGCAAUUAAAAGGUUUUGAUGCAAGUAAAGUUCAACUUGCAGUCAAUCAUGUGAACAAAUCUUUUUCAAAAAAAGAAACUCCUGAUCCUUGCUGUCGUUGUGGUGGGAACCACCCAAGCAAUGAAAAGUCUUGUCCAGCACUCCUAAAGAAAUGUCUGAAAUGUGGUUAUGUCGGUCAUUUUCGUCGUUAUUGCAAAACCAGUAAAAAGAAGCGUAAAUUUAACGACAUUACUUCCGGAACAACAACUGUCGCUGAAUCAUCAACUAAAAAAAUUAAAACGUCUAAACCUGCAGAAGAUGUACAUUACAUUUUUCAGAUUGAUGGUGAUGACACCAUCGUAUGCACAUUAGGAGGGGUGAACAUUGAUAUGCUUAUUGAUUCCGGCAGCAAGUGUAACAUAAUUAAUGAUGCUAUUUGGGAAAAUCUUAAAUCCUUGAACAUUAUAGUGAAAAAUCAGGUCAAAUCUCCACAGAAAAACUUUGUGGCUUACGGAAGCCAAAAUCCCCUCACUGUUUUGGGAGCAUUUGAUUCUUCUAUCGUUAUUUCAAACGGAUGUAAAUUAGAUGAAGAAACUUUUUAUGUGGUGAAAGGUGGCACAAAAAACUUGCUCGGGAAAGACACCGCUAUCAAACUAGGAGUAUUGAGGGUAGGUUUAGGAAUUAAUAUGGUCAAUACAAAAUUUCCGAAAUUCAAAGACGUAAAAAUCACUAUCCCUAUCGAUGAGACAAUUAAACCAGUUUCUCAACCUUGUCGUAGAAUCCCCGUUCCCCUUGAGUCCAAAAUAAAUGAUAAAAUACAAGAACUGUUAGAUGCUGAUAUCAUUGAACCUGUUAACGGUCCAUCAGACUGGGUAAGCCCUUUGGUCCCAGUUCUCAAGGAGAAUGGAGAUGCUCGCGUGUGCCUGGACAUGAGGCAAGCCAACAAAGCAAUUAUUAGAGAAAAGCAUCCCUUACCAACUAUGGAACAGCUUCUCCCUAAGUUCAGAAAUGCGAAGAUGUUUUCUAAAUUAGAUAUUAAAAAUGCAUUCCAUCAAAUUGAACUUAGCGAGGACUGCAGAUAUAUAACAACAUUUAUUUGCAACAGAGGAUUGUUUAGAUAUAAGCGCCUCAUGUUUGGCAUAUCGUGCGCUCCUGAAAUUUUCCAGAAAACGCUUGAGAAAAUACUUUUGCCUUGUGAAGGCGUCGUCAAUUUUAUUGAUGAUAUCGUUGUUUUUGGAAGCGACUCCGAACAUGGAGAGAGACUAAAAAAACUUUUACAGGUUUUGAAGGAUAAUAACGUCAUUCUAAAUGAAGGAAAAUGUACUUUCAGUGUUAGACAGAUACAGUUCCUUGGACAUCAAUUAUCGUGUAAUGGGGUGAAACCUCUGGACAAAUAUGUCAGUUUGAUUCAGUCAUUUAGAGAACCUAAGGUAAUAGAGGAAGUCCAGAGCUUCUUGGGUCUCGUAAAUUAUGUAGGAAAAUGGAUUCCCCAUUUGGCUACGUUGACUGAUCCACUGCGAGAGCUCUUGCGAUUAAAAUUGUCUAAAGGUGCUAACAUCUCAUCUCAUUGGCAGAGCAAGCAGUCUAAAGCAUUUGCAAUGCUGAAAAAGGCACUUAACAAUAUUCACACUUUAGGGUACUACAAUCCACAAGAUAGAACACAAGUAUUUGCUGAUGCUAGUCCAGUAGGUUUAGGCGCCGUUCUAGUUCAACAUGGUGUUCAGGGACCACGUAUUAUUGCAUAUGCAAUCACUUUAACCGAAUUAUCACUGGCAUCUGAAGCAGAUACAGAGUUACAGUUAGUUAAAAAGGGUGUUUUCAACAGUAAUUGGGAUCAAAGUGUGACCAAUUACAAAAUUUUCGAACAUGAACUGUGUUUCCAAGAUAAUAUACUUUUGCGGCAAAAUAAGAUUGUAAUACCAACGAGCUUGAGAUUAAAAGUGCUGGCAUCGGCUCAUGAAGGUCAUCCAGGUAGGACUCCCGCAGAACUGUUUUUUAGACGACAAUUUCGUGACAAGCUGCCUUCCCUCUUAGAUGUUGAGUUCGCAGAUUGCGACCAAGAAACCAGAGAUAGAGAUACAGAAAUGAAAUCAAAAGGUAAAGAAUAUGCUGACAAGAAGAGACAAGCUAAGGAAACAGACAUUCAAAUCGGGGAAAAGGUUUAUACAAAGAAUUUAAUAAAAGAAAAUAAAUUGUCUACAACAUUUAACAAUGUACCUUAUACAGUAACAAAACAGAAAGGAAACGACAUGGAAAUAGAAAAUGAAGAAACGGGACAGCGAUUGCGUAGAAAUGUGGUACAUUUAAAAAGAGUUGAAGGAAAAUGGGAAGUAUGUAAUGACGGAAAUGAAGAACAUAAAAAUGAUUCCGACAGCGAAAACAUCUCAGUCGAUAAUAAUUAA